AUGUCACAAUUCGCUCCACAGAAUGUGCCACAGGGUGGACUAAAUAGACCUCCAGCUCAAGGCAGAGUGUACGCUGUCACAAGACGACAAGCAGAGGACUCGCCUGAUGUGGUCACAGGUACGGUCUCGAUGAAUGACCAUGCUACUUAUGCUUUAUUUGACCCUGGCGCCACUCAUUUGUUUAUAGCUGAGCAGUAUGUUAAGUUGGUAGGAUUGAGGCCAGAAAUGUUGGAGUCAGUGGUUAGUAUAUCUACACCAUUAAAAGAUAAGGUGUUGUCUACGGUAGACUGUCCUAGGUGCAAGUUAGUGAUUGUUGAGAAGCUGAAGAUCGAAGAUAUUACAGUGGUUCAGGAGUUCCCAGACUUGUUUCUGAAGGAGUUACCAGUGACGAUCAAGAACAAGUACCCGCUGCCGAGGAUCAAUGACUUGUUUUACCAGUUGCAGGGAGCGUCGAUAUUUUCGAUGAUCGACCUGAGGACAAGCUAUCAUCAACUAAGGAUCAUAAAGGAAGAUAUACCGAAGACUACGUUUCGUACGCGAUAUGGCCAUUAUCAAUUCACUGUAAUGCUGUUUGGGUUGACGAACGCCCCAAUUGCUUUCAUGGAUCUGAUGAACCGGGUGUUCAAGGAGUAUUUGGAUCACUUUGUGAUUGUUUUCAUUGACGAUAUCCCGGUGUACUCAAGAAGUCCAGAGGAGCACGAAAGAUAG